AUGACCGCCCUACAAAUGCUCAUAUUUGCUGCUGUGACUCUGGGUAUGGUGAUUCAAGCGACGAAUAGUAGAGACCAUGCUCAAGGCAAUGGUUCAGUCACGGUUCGGUCGGGCCCCUUGUGCCAUUCAAGUGUCGGAAAGCAGCACUCUGGAUAUGUGCAUGUGGGUGGAUCGAACAGAUACUUCUACGUGGCUAUUGAAGCCGAUGCGGAACCUAGCAAGGCCCCUACUUUCAUAUUUAUCGGCGGUGGCCUUGGUGAUAGCAGUAUCGGUAUCGCCAUGGGGCUCAAUGGACCAUGCCAUGCGGAUCCAGCUGGGACUCAACAGCUGCCAAACCCUUACUCGUGGACUCAGCAUGCUAACGGUAUUUGGGUCGAUGCUCCAGGGCCAACUGGAUUCAGCCUGGGACUUGUCGAGCCCAGCUUGGAGAAGUCUGUAGCCAACUUGUGA